UUGGUGUGUUCGCAGUUGUAUCUAGUAUGAAACUGACAGUGAUAGUGUUACUUGUGCAGCUGAAGUUCAGUUUUACUUCGUUCGUCAUACCUGCGGCUCGAGUAGAAGAAUGCAAACCUACAGGACUACGCGUAUCAAUUCCGGAUAUUAAAGGAAUCAAACUAUUUUCCUUCCAUGGAAAAAUCAAUGAAAUUUUUAAUAAAAAAGAAAUAGGGACAAUUUCAGCAAAUAUUGUGAAACCAGUUAAUAACAGGUGGACCUUUUAUGAUCCGAAUAUUAAUCUCAGACAGACCGACAUUUUUUAUUAUUGGUUGGAAAUUGUUUACUUCGAUGGAAAACACAAUACUACAUACACAUCACCUUUUAAACAACAUGUAGUAAAUUUGAAUAACCCACUUCCCUCGAACAGAACAUUUAAAAGAGAAUCAAACUCAACUUGUAAACUGGGUGUUACACAAGUUAACCUGCGUCGAGUUUGUAGCGGAAAAUUAAUCUUAAAUGAAAAUUUUGACCAACGAAAUAGGCACUUAUGGCUUUAUGAAUAUAGGUUUUCUGGAAAACCAGAUUACGAAUUUGUUGGUUACACUCCUUUUAGAUCUGACAUUCUUGGCGUAUCAGGGGGUUACUUAAAAAUUCGACCCACUUCAUUUAGAGACAGUUACAUUACCUCUGAAGGAGAAGUCGAUUUAGGAAAUUUUUGUACUGGAGUUCAUGGUACCACCGACUGUGUCCAAAAACCAGAUGCCUUCAUAAUCCGACCUCCUGUAGGUUCAGCCCAAAUUUCAACUCGAACCAAAUGGUCAUUUAAAUACGGAAAAAUUGAAAUUCGUGCCAAAUUACCUGAAGGUGACUGGAUCUACCCAGAAUUAUUCCUAAAUCCGGCCAAUGACGUCUACGGUCCCGGUUACGCUUCUGGACAAAUUAGGAUAGCAUUCGUUGAAGGUAACAGAGCUACGAAUUACAUUUUGCAAGGUGGGUGUAUUUUGGGAAGUAAUAAAGCUGGCAGAAACUACUUGAUGAGAAGUACCAGAAAAAACAACGCAUGGAGCGCCAGUUUUCAUGUUUUUUCUGUAAAAUGGCACCCAGGUAUAAUUCAGGUCAUGGUUGACAACAUGGUUUACGCAAAUAUAUUUCCUCCAAAAGAGGGAUUUGUUAAAUACGCUGAUUAUUUGAAUCUAGAAAAUGUAGAGAAGUGGCGGAACGGUAGUCCUUUAGCUCCGUUUGAUAAAGAAAUGUAUGUAACGCUUGGUGUGGGCGUUGGAGGUCAGAGUUUCGAAGAUCGUCGUGCUAAACCUUGGAGGAACGAUGAUCCUAAGGCUCAAAAAAGAUUUUAUGAAGCGAAAGCACAGUGGAGUAAGACAUGGACCAAUUCUACUCUUUUUGUAGAUUAUGUGAAAAUCUGGGCCUUAUAA